UGAAAAGCCGCUUGUUUGUUGAGUUGAGGGUUUCUUCAUCGUUUCGACUCUGCUCUUGAUCCAAAUCAUUGCUACUUCUCCUAGCGUCAACGACGCUUUAACUGAUCUCUCUUCUUGCAAAAUCGUGAACCAUCUCUCUUUAAAUAUCAACGACUGUCACGUUGCUGCAACGAUUCUUCAAUCAUGAACGCCAGCGCACUCCUUGCUAAUACCCUAUCUCCAGAUGCUGCAACGCGUCAAACUGCUACUCAGCAACUUGAGAGCGCUUCUAGGGAGAACUACCCGGUGUAUAUGUUGAUGUUAUCAGAUGAGCUACGCAACGAGAAUUCUCAAAUCCAUACCCGCAACGCUGCUGGUCUUGCACUCAAAAAUGCUCUUUCUGCUCGUGAUGCAACGAGGCAAGACGAAUACUCUGCAAGAUGGAUGACCCUCGAUGUCGACGCUAGACAGAAGAUCAAGGAGGGAUCCCUUUUAACUCUUGCAUCUCCUCAACCAAGAGCAGGUGCAGUGGCUGCCCAAGUUGUUUCUGCGAUCGCAGCCGUAGAGUUGCCCGUCGGCCAAUGGCCAGAUCUCGUUGAAAUCCUCCUCGGUUUUAUCAACACGUCUGAUGACACGAACUUGAAGAUCGCCACCUUGCAAGCUAUUGGUUAUAUCUGUGAAACUAUAAAACCGGAGGUUUUAGCAUUGAGGUCGAACGAGAUUUUGACGGCUGUAAUUCAUGGCGCUCGCAAGGAGGAGCCAUCAUCGGAAGUACAGCUUGCUGCAGUCCAUGCGCUAUUUAACUCCCUGGAGUUCGUACGGGACAAUUUCGACCGAGAAGGAGAGCGAAACUACAUUAUGCAAGUCGUCUGCGAAGCUACCCAGAACCCGUCAGUAUCAGUCCAAGUCGGCGCUUUCGAGUGUUUAGUCAAGAUUAUGGCACUGUACUACGAUAAGAUGGCAUUUUAUAUGGAACAGGCCUUGUUUGGCCUUACUGUGAUGGGCAUGAAGCAUUCUGAUGAACGGGUUGCACUGCAAGCGGUGGAGUUCUGGACUACUGUAUGUGAGGAAGAGAUUGAGCUUGCCCACGAAGCACGAGAGGCUGCCGAAUACGACGAGCCGCCCGAAUUGGAGUCUAAGCAUUUUGCCAAGGUUGCCCUGCCGGAGGUAAUUCCGGUUCUUCUCAACCUUUUGACACAACAAGAAGAAGACGCCGACGAGGGCGAAUGGAACCUUGCCAUGAGCGCCGGCACUUGCCUCAACUACAUGGCUCAAGCCGUCGCAGAUGCGAUUGUUCCUGCUGUCAUCCCCUUCAUCGAGGCACACAUCAAGGCCCAAGACUGGCACCAGCGCGAAGCAGCCGUAAUGACAUUUGGCUCUAUUCUGGACGGUCCUGAUCCCCAAGUUCUCACCCCUCUCGUCAACCAGGCGCUUCCCCUCCUGAUCGGCAUGAUGAACGAUGAGAAUCUCCAUGUGAAAGAUACAACAGCGUGGACGCUCGGACGAAUCUGCGAUCUUCUAAUUGUGACAAUCAAGCCCGACGUGCAUCUUCACCCUCUGAUUUCGGCGCUCGUCAACGGUCUUUCAGAUCGCCCGCGCAUUGUGACCAACUGCUGUUGGGCGCUCAUGAACCUCGCCGAUCAGAUCGGAAUUUACCUAGACGAAUAUAUCACCUCCGCUUCCGAGAGCCCGCUCUCACCAUAUUUUGAGGGAAUAGUAAGCGCCCUUCUGCGGGUUACCGAGACGACCGCAAACGAAUCCAACUUCCGAACUUCUGCAUAUGAAGCUAUUACGUCCUAUGUCUCCCAUUCAACUACAGACUGUAUUCCUGUUGUGCAAAACACCGUCAUUGCGAUUUUGCAGAGAAUGGAGCAACUUCUGAACAUGCAGAACCAGAUCGUCGGCGUUGACGACCGCAACAACUGGAAUGAGCUACAGAGUAAUCUCUGCAGCGUUGUCAUUAGCGUCAUUCGGAGGCUCGGCGGAGGCAUUCAACCGAUGGCUGAUCGAAUCAUGACACUCGUUCUUCAGCUUAUCCAAGGAGCAGGAAAGACAUCAACAGUGCUUGAAGACACUUUCCUGGUUGUUGGAUCGCUAGCUGCCGCACUGGAGGCCGGAUUCGCACCAUACAUUCAAGCCUUCCUGCCAUUCCUGUAUCCCGCCCUCAAAGCACACGAAGAUACCCAGUUGUGCAUGGUCGCCGUCGGCAUCAUCGGGGAUAUCUCACGUGCACUUGGCGAUCAGAGCGCCCAGUACGCAGGCGCGUUCAUGAACGUUUUACUCGAGAACCUGCAGAGCAACGUUCUUAACCGCAAUGUCAAGAUAUCAAUACUAUCGUGCUUUGGUGACAUCGCGCUUGCUAUUGGACCUGCUUUUGAUCCUUAUUUGAAUACGACUAUGGAUGUUCUGAGACAAGCGGGCUCUGUGCAACCUAACCCUCUUGACUUUGAUCUCAUGGACUAUGUCGCUCAACUACGGGAAGGAAUUCUAGAGGCAUAUACCGGCGUCGUUACUGGUUUCAAGAACACCGAGAAAGCAUCCGCACUACUCCCUCACGUGCCCAGCAUCCUCGAGCUUGUCCACCAAUGUCUAGCAGACGAGGAGAGAUCCGACUCUGUCGUAAAACUCUCCUUUGGCCUCAUCGGUGAUCUCGCAGACUGUUUCCCCAACGGCCAGAUCAAAGAACACCUGCUGGAGGAAUGGAUCGCACAUGAAUUCCGUAGUAAGCGCGGUAUGCAGCAAGAAACGAAGAAGACGCUGCGGUGGGCUCGUGAAAUGAUCAAACGCGCGACCGCAUAGACACCUCUCCCACACUAAUACACAUCUCAUUCCUUGCACGCGAUCUAUCUCUCAUUCUCUCGUUUUCUCUCACUUUGUUUUCCUCAUCCGUCAGUUCAAUCGCCAUCUGAAGGAGGCACAUGGAUAUCAUUUUUGCAUCUGCAUGUAAUAGAAGACGGUCUUACUAGUGUUUUUGUUCUUUUUUACUCUCCAACGAACUCAAAAGCUCUUGUUGCUGGAGGUGUCGCAGGCAAGAGUGUGUCUACAUAAGCGGUUUUGCGCCGUCGCCUUUGUAUCCUUUAUCGAAUCCUCUUCCUAUUCCACAAUUAGUUAGUUAUCGUUCCUUCGAGUAAUCAGAAUCAGGGGCAUCGUUCAUGAAUCUUUGCGUAAUACAAGAUUGAAUACAAGG